AUGUCCUACCCGCAGUUUGGGUACCCCUACUCCUCGGCACCCCAGUUCCUAAUGACCACCAACUCCCUGAGCACGUGCUGCGAAUCCGGUGGCCGCACGCUGGCCGACUCCAGGCCGGCUGCCUCAGCCCAGGCGCCCGUCUACUGCCCGGUCUACGAGAGCCGGCUGCUGGCCACCGCGCGCCACGAGCUGAACUCAGCGGCGGCGCUUGGCGUCUAUGGGGGCCCCUACGGCGGCUCGCAGGGCUACGGCAACUACGUGACCUACGGUUCUGAGGCGUCUGCCUUUUACUCGCUGAACAGCUUCGACUCCAAGGACGCACCAGGAUCUGCGCAUGCGGGCCUCGCUCCGGCUGCAGCCACAGCCUACUACCCCUACGAGCCCGCGUUGGGCCAGUACCCCUACGACAGGUACGGGACCAUGGACAGCGGCACGCGGCGGAAGAACGCCACGCGCGAGACCACCAGCACGCUCAAGGCCUGGCUGCAGGAGCACCGCAAGAACCCCUACCCCACCAAGGGCGAGAAGAUCAUGCUGGCCAUCAUCACCAAGAUGACCCUCACGCAGGUCUCCACCUGGUUCGCCAACGCGCGCCGGCGCCUCAAGAAGGAGAACAAGAUGACGUGGCCGCCGAGGAACAAGUGUGCGGAUGAGAAGCGGCCCUACGCGGAGGGCGAGGAGGAAGAGGGGGGUGAGGAGGAAGCCAGGGAGCAGCCCCUCAAGAGCACCAAAGGUGCAGAGCCGAUAGGCAAAGAGAAGGAUCUGGAGCUCAGCGACUUGGAGGACUUCGACCCCCUGGAGGGGGAGCCCCCAGAGUGCGAGCUGAAGCCGCCCUUCCAACCCCUGGAUGGAGGCCUGGAUCGAGUCCCCACCGUGCCAGACAGCCCCAGCGCCCCAGGGAAGGAGGCUCCUGGCGCCCUCCGGAUGCCCCUGGCCGCCGGGGGUGGGGCCACUCUGGACCAGGACCUGGAGAGGGCCCGGAGCUGCCUCCGGAGCACGGCGGCUGGGCCGGAGCACCAGGCGGGCGCGGGCGCGGGGGUUGGCCCGCAGGCCUGCGAGCCCAAGCUGGGCUUUGCUCCAGCUGGGGCGUCGGCGGGCCUCGAGGCCAAGCCGCGCAUCUGGUCCCUGGCACACACGGCCACCGCGGCCGCCGCCACCUCCCUCGGCCAGACUGAGUUUCCCUCGUGCAUGCUCAAGCGCCAAGGCCCCGCUGGCCCUGCGGCCCCCUCCUCGGCGCCCGCCUCCUCCUCGCCUGCGGCCCCGGCUCCCGCCGGUGCCCUGGACAGGCACCAGGACUCCCCGGUAACCAGUCUCAGAAACUGGGUGGACGGGGUCUUCCACGACCCCAUCCUCAGACACAGCACUUUGAACCAGGCCUGGGCCACCGCCAAGGGCGCCCUCCUGGACCCGGGGCCGCUGGGCCGCUCGCUGGUGGGGGGCGCCAACGUGCUGACGACGCCCUUGGCGCGCUCCUUCCCGCCCGCCGUGCCCCAAGACGCCCCCGCCUCCGGCGCAGCCAAGGAGCUGCUGGCCACGCCCAAGGCCGGCGGCAAGCCCUUCUGCGCCUAG